AUGAAGCUGAUGCGAUUGAGUACGAUCAUCCUUUGGAUCAUCCGGAGAAGCCACAAGAAAACGAUGAAAUAUGAUGAAGGUUUAAUAUCUGAUCCAUCAACAAACACAGAUCCACAAUAUAUGUUCUUGUGUGAACGGUUGAAGGCGUUUAAAGACGGUUGGGAAGAGUUGCAACAAAUGUGGGAGAAUCGUUAA